AUGGUGCCCGCUGACUGGAUGCCCGGCUGCGGAGUGGCUUCCGGUAUUGGUUUUGAGAUUAGAUCCACCCAUGAGGUUUUGAAGAAAGUCGAGGCGAGAAGUGCCGAGCAUGAUCACUGGAUUUUCAUGCGUAAGGGAGAAUCUUCGGAUGACGAAAACGGAAAUUUGUACCAGCCCAUAAACUGGACGAAGCAUAUGUUCCAUUACCUUCCAAAGACAGUCUCGGAAGACAACCAAAACUCAUCGAUUGAAGAGAAAGGAGAAGUUAAAACACGAGAAUCUGGAAACAGCGCGUGA